AUGGCUGCGGGCCCCGCUCGGCCCUAUGCGGUCCCGGUUCUGUGCGGGGCGGAGCGGGGAGGGACGGGCAGGUGGCGUCUCCAGCUCUAUGGUAACGCACGCAGAGCGCAGGGCAUGGCGACACCGCACGGCAUAGGGGGGGCGUGGGGGCUGGGGGUGUUAUUGGGUGUGGGGCUGGGGGUGGGUUUGGGGCUCACAGCGGGUCCGCACGACGCUCCGAGCAGCGUUUAUCUGAGCAGCUGGGCUGUGUUGGUCGCGGAGGGGCAGAGGGAUGCGGGGCUGUUGGCACAGCGGUACGGGCUGAUCUGCGUGGGGCAGGUGCUGGAUGGAGAGCCCUACUAUCACUUCCAACACCGUGGCUCCAGGCAGACAUCCCUGAGCAGGCACUGGGGCUGGAGCCUGAGGCUGAGCAGGGAACCACAGGUUCUUUGGUUUGAGCAGCAAACAGUGAAGAUCAGAGCCAAGAGGAGCAUCAACGUGGUGCCCACAGACCCUUGGUUCCCCAAGCAGUGGUACAUGAACAACGACAUCAGCCCUGAUCUCAACAUCCUCUCUGCUUGGAGCAAAGGCUUCACCGGCCGAGGGGUCGUGCUGUCCAUCCUGGAUGAUGGAAUUGAGAAGGAUCACCCUGACCUGGCUCCUAACUACGAUCCUCUCGCGAGUUACGACUUCAACAGCAACGACCCUGACCCCCAGCCCAGGUACGACACCUGGGGUGAGAACAGACAUGGGACACGCUGUGCAGGAGAGGCAGCAGCCGUAGCCAACAACGGGAUCUGCGGUGCAGGCAUUGCAUACAAUGCAAAGAUUGGAGGUGUGAGGAUGCUGGAUGGUCCCAUCACAGACAUCGUGGAGGCUCGGUCCCUCAGCCUGCAGCCGCAGCACAUCCAUAUCUACAGCGCCAGCUGGGGGCCUCUGGAUGAUGGGAGGCACGUGGAUGGGCCGGGUGUGCUGGCCAUGAAAGCCUUUCACAAUGGGAUCACAAAAGGGCGUGGGGGGCUCGGUUCCAUCUUCAUCUGGGCCUCAGGCAACGGUGGCAUCAAUUACGACAACUGCAACUGCGAUGGGUACACCAACAGCAUCUACACGCUGACAGUGGGCAGUGCCUUUGCCAGCGGCCGACAGCCCCGUUACAGCGAACCCUGCGCCUCCACCCUCACCACCACCUACAGCAGCAGCGUCAGCAGCCAAGCACAGAUUGUGACCACUGAUCUGCACCAUCAUUGCACAGACAGACAUGCAGGCAGCUCUGCUUCAGCCCCACUGGCUGCAGGGAUGAUUGCCCUCGCUUUGGAGGCCAACCCAGCAUUGACCUGGCGUGACGUGCAGCAUCUGGUGGUCAGAGCCUCCCGACCCGCUCACCUGCAGGCAGAGGAUUGGGCUGUGAAUGGGGUCGGGCGUAAGGUGAGCCACUAUUAUGGCUAUGGGCUGCUGGACGCUGCUCUGCUGGUGGAGCUGGCCCAGGCAUGGGCAGGAACGCGGCCCCAGAUGAGAUGUUCCAUCAAAGCUCUCCAUACCCCCAGGAACAUCGGCUCCAAACUCACCAUCCCUGCAGACACAUCCUCCUGCUCGGGGACGACCAGGAGCAUCCUCUCACUGGAGCACGUCCAGGUGCAGCUCUCAUUGAGCUACAGCCGCAGGGGGGACCUGCAGAUCACACUGAGGAGCCCCAUGGGGACCACAUCCACACUGGUGACCGUGCGCCCAUACGACACCAGCCAGCAAGGAUACAAGGACUGGACCUUCAUGUCCACACAUUUCUGGGAUGAGGACCCCAAUGGGACAUGGACGCUGAUGCUGGAGAAUAAGGGUGAUGCCUACAACACAGGCGUGCUGACCAGCUUCAUCCUGCACCUACACGGCACAGAUGAGGACAUGAUGGCCAGGCACUUCUCAGCCCCCACCAUGGGCGAGUGCACCAAGCGGGAUGCACAGGGAGCAUGCACAGAGUGCAGUGGCUCCUUCUAUGCCCAUCAAGGCUCCUGCUUGUCCUACUGCCCCCCCCGCUCCUAUGGCCACACCACGCACACAUCCCGUACCUGCAUCCUCUGCCAUCACUCCUGCUACACGUGCCAGGGCAGCUCAGCCAACAACUGCACCUCCUGCCCUGCUGCACAAGCCUUUGACGAGCACACACACUCCUGCUCAGCUCCUCAAGGCUUCUCCCCCCAUGAAGGGCAGCAGCACAUGAACCUCCUCCCCAUCCUCCUGCUCUGUGAGAUUGCCAUCCUCAUUGCCAUCCUGUCCUGUAUAUUCCGUGCUGUGUGGCUGUGUGUGCUGGCUCGCUGUGCAGGUCACUGCUGGGCUGGGAGAUAAUGACACCAGCCUGUAUGACACCCUGUUCUGAAAUAAACCCCUUGUUGUCUUUA